GUUCACAAGGCGCCAACGUGCUCGGAGUAGAUAUUACUCCAUGUAACAGUUUCCCGUGUACAUUUACUAUCGGAAAACAAUACACUGUGAGGGUAGGAUUUGCAGCAACCACAGAUAUCUGGGGUGGAAGCGUCGUCGCAAAUUCUAUAUACAAUGGUGUCACGAAAGCCCUACGAUUAAGAGAUCCAGUCUUGUGCAAUCAUCUGAUUCCACCAUGUCCGGUAAGAACGGGAAGGUCCUACGUUUUCAGCUACACUGGCACAAUAAGCUGGAAAAUUCCAGAUCCAAUCUAUGCUGAAAAGCCGAGAAGCACUGUACAGCUGUUUCAUCCUUAUUGGGAAUCAUCAGCAGUGCGCUUCUCACGAAACUCCGAAGAGUCUCGAACCUGCGACCUCUCGGCUAGUAGUUUGAACACAACCAUUAAAAUAUAUCUCCAGUGGCAACUGGUGAAUCAGUACACAUGGCCUUUCCUCUGUAUUCAAUUUCCGGUGAAAUUUAUAGAAGAGAAAGCAAACAGCGCCAACGUUCCGCCGAACCAUCACUCGAAGACCAGAU